UUCACCUUUAAAUUAUCUAACACUUUUAUUUCACUAUUUGUAGUUGUGAACCUUAAAUGCAAAUAUGUUGUUGGACUUGAUUGAACAUUUCCUUGCUCAGAUUGAUGGACAGCUCCGUGGAUUUUGGGAUAUUGACGCGCUCUACUUUGGGUGAGACUUUUUGACAGGGAUUUGCGGGAUACCACUACGAACUUUGGUGCUCUCAAACUGAAACCUCAUCCAUCCCAUCUUCUUGGAAGUUGGAACUUGAAACACAUUGCUCAGAAUGGCUACAAUGUUCAGUAGCAUAUGUAGAGAAUGCGAGUCGUCCUUGCCCUUCUCCAGUCCCUUAUCCCUUCCUCCAGUCGUCCUUGCUCUAUAUACAAGGUGUUCCAGAUUAUGGCACUGUGCCCGUCAUUUUAAUUCGAUUUCCAGUAAUUUAACGACAUUUAACGAGGAUUCAGAGAUUUUAUUUGAUCGAAGAUUUGAAUCGUUUACAUUAUCAAGAAAAGACGUAAGUUGGGAACAUGUAAUGCAGUACUCAUUUGAUCAGCACGGAACGAUGGAGUCUUCAACCGAUUGCGGCGAUUAGGAGGAGAAUUCGACCAACCUUUUGCAAGAUCAAUCCAAUCUCAACUCACUUGCACUCGCGCUACAUCAAAUCGGCACUGAUUUUGACAACUAGGGCAGACAGAAACAAAAAUAAAACCUCAGGACAGUUAUGCCCACCUUUUUCCAGUAAAUUUUGUUUGAAGGCUUUUUGGGAGGCUGAGUAGUCCCAUCGUUCCCUCCGUCAAUCCCGUCGGUUUCUUCAGGUGGCUGUU